GUCAAAUUGUGUCAGUCGUGACAUUUAUUUACAAUUGCUAGAAUAUUAAUUACUUAUUUUCUCAAGCAACAUGAAUGAUGUUGAAGAGAAACCCAAAUAUCCGAAGCAAAUUGCUGCGGUUUUCAUAAUGGCAAUCUUCAAAAAACUCUGUUUGGUAGGACUGCGAACGGCUUUGUUAUCCUACUUUGAAAAUAUCGUAAAGUAUAGCAAAGACGAGGCAACACUUAUGUAUAACGGCUUUCGAAGCUUUAAUUUCUGUUGUCCUUUACUCGGAGCAUUAUUUGCCGACUGCUUUAUAGGAAGAUUCUAUGCAAUUGUCCUUUUCUUAAUUAUAUACCUCAUUGGAACAAUAAUGAUGACAGGAUCAGUUGUCCAAUAUUCAGAGGACAUUUCGAUACCCCUUUGUCUCUUCGCCCUUGGAUUGAUUGCCAUGGGUACAGGUGCAAUUAAACCAUGCAUUAUGGCUUUCGGAGGAAGCCAAUUUAAGUUACCAGAACAACACAAGCACUUGGAGGUUUACUUUUUACUUCUUUACGCUGCUACCAAUACAGGAGGUGCAAUUGGCAUUUAUGAGGCACCUUAUCUUACAGUUAUUCAUUGUCUUGGAGCUAAUAGUUGUUACCCCGCUGCAUUUCUAGUAUCCACCGUUAGCCUCACUUUUUGCUUAAUUGUAUUUGUCUCCGCAAAACGCUGGUAUGUCUACGAAAAAACAGAAAAGUACAACACUAUUCUUUGGGUGUUAUGUUUGAUGAACGGGAUUAAAGGAAAAAUUGUUUCAAAAGAAAGGCAAGAGCACUGGUUGGACUAUUCUAAAAAAUCGUAUGCAGAAUCAUUUGUAAGACAAACAAAAAAUACAUUGAAACUGAUGUCGAUUUUCAUGGUUCUUCAAUUUUACAUGGCCACUGUUAUUAUAACUAUGACUAAUUGGAGUACACAAGCACUAUUUAUGCGCAUUGAGAAAGGAUAUAAAGUUUUUCAACCUAAAAGAAUGCUGUUCCUGAAUUAUGUAUUAGCAGUUAUCGCCACUCCAUUAAUUUAUUUAAUUGUGUUGUUUUUACGUUCAAAAUGUCACAUCACUGUUACUCCUCUACGGCGUGUAGCAGUUGGUACAUUUUUUGGAGCGAUAUCUAUGUUUGUAGCAGCCGUUUUAUCUCUAUCUAUAGAAGCCGAAGUUCCAAAUUUGCCAAAAAAUGGGGAGUGUCAUAUC